GCGGUUUGGGACGCGACCCGUCACGAGCGCCUAAAUUGGGGAGAAUGGCGGCAGUUUUGCAGGCGCGCGCGCGUUCAUCUGAUUCAACAUGGCGGCUUGUGCUGUUCAGUUGAUUGACAAACGGCCCAGGAAAUUAGUAGAGAAAAAAGAGACUCCAGUGGUGCUUGUGAGGAAAGAGCUGUAUGCAAAGCAUCCAUUACAAAACCGGUGGGCCUUAUGGUUCUACAAGAAUGAUAAGAGCAAAAUGUGGCAAGAUAAUCUGAGACUCAUCACCAAGUUUGAUACCGUCGAGGAUUUCUGGGGGUUGUACCAUAACAUUCAGAUGGCGAGCAAGCUCUCAUCAGGAUGCGACUAUUCAGUGUUCAAGGAUGGAAUCGAGCCCAUGUGGGAGGACAGGAGCAAUAAAUGUGGCGGCCGCUGGCUCAUUACGCUCUCCAAACAGCAGAGACACUCGGAGCUCGACCGCUUUUGGCUGGAGACGCUGUUGUGCCUCAUCGGUGAGGGUUUCGGUCCCUACAAUAGAGACGUCUGCGGUGCCGUCAUUAACGUUCGCGCCAAAGGAGACAAAAUCGCCAUCUGGACGACGAACACGGAGAACGCUGAGGCUGUAACGUACAUCGGCCGGAAGUAUAAAGAGAGUCUCGGCCUUCCAGCGAAGCUUGUGAUUGGAUAUCAGGCUCACGCCGACACGGCCACCAAGAGCAACUCCAUCACCAAGAACAAGUUUGUCGUCUGAACAGAAGCAUCGCUGUGUCUAGUUCUCAUUUUUUUUUCUUUUGGAUUCACUUAUUGGGGGAAAACAUCAUUUGGUCUGUGAAGUUUGUAUUUAAAUUAUGUUUGAUUUUUUUUUUUUUUGUCAUAUUUCCAUUUGUUUGUCAUUUCCAUUCUUUUUCUUUCCCGCAAUAAAAUUUGCCCAUGUUUGGUCUUGA